ACUCUGUCCUGUUUUUUCAUUGACUUGAACCUUUCCGGAAGUUGAUCGCAACCAACUGUGGGACUCGCAGGAUCGUAGCCUUGGGAGAUUCGGAAAUCAACAUUUGCGUGUCAGCACCAGAAGAUCGAGCGAUUCUUAUUUACGUAGUAGAGUUCUUGUCGUCUACGUGUUUCUUUGCCUUCAGAGCACCAUGAUUACCACAUCCCCUUACUUCAUUCUGUUUUGCUUUUGUGGUUGUAACUCACUAUCAUCUUGCUUCCACUGUGGCCUCGUUUUCUCAUUUUGUUUAAAGUCGCUGUUGCAACAAUAGAGUUCUGCCGCCCCCCCGAAGUGCUAGUACUACCCGAUGUUAUUUCCAAAUGCUCAGAAAGUUCAUCUUCUUCGUAAUGUUGCGGUUGAAAGGCCUUUUUUUUGAAGAUCAGCAAGUAGUCACGCUCGUGUAGUAUCAUAUGAAAAUUGGAACAACGACCCUUCACAAUCACAAAUUAGGCACGGAAGAACCAUAAGAUUUUUUCAACUACGUCAUGUCGUCCGGCGCCACGCCCAAGUCUCAGCUGCCGUCCGCUACGGCGGGCUACGAGACCACCGUGGGACACCGGGCGGACUCGAAGAAGGUGAUCUUCCCCAUCGAUUCCGUGGCCUUUCUCGGGGCGGGCAUGAGCAUCGGGCAGAACCUCCGCGGCCUCGAGGUGGCGCCCCAGGCCGUGCGGGCGGCCCACCUCGCCAGUCUCGUGAAAAAGCUGGGGUACACGUGGAAAGACUACGGCGAUGUGGACUUCGACGCCUUGUUUCGGGAAAAGGGGCUUGCGGCAGGCACAAGUGCUAGUGAGCAAAACACGAUCGCACUCGCGCAGAAAAUGGCGGAGGAGGACGAACUAUCGUGUGCAAAAGUAUCGUACUCGUAUAAAUGCAGGCCUUGCAUUACAAAUCUUGUUCCCAAGGCAAAUCUGCAUUACAAGUUUUAUUUCUCAUGCUGAGGUAAUGCAUUUAUACGAGUGCGAUACUACACUUUUGCGGUUCAUACGAACUCUUUCAGAAGAAAAACACGAUCACCCGCGAGAACUUCGACACGUGGCGCAACACCCCCGGGAUCCGAGCGAAAAUUUCCUUUGGCGAUUGGUUGCUGGAACAAGGGCUGCUCGACGCGGCCCACACCUCCAGCGGGACCGCCUCGGAGGCAGAGGACAUCACACCGACCACGACAAAAUCCACGAUGCAGAGCCCAAUUUCGACCAACCCGGGCGUGACACCCACCGGCGCAGCGAAUCAGAAUCACCCCACCGUCCUCGCAGCGAGUUGUGGUCACCGGAAUCCGUCUCCCGCAGGAAGCAAUGGGGUAGAAAAACCCAUCAAGAACCUGGAUUUAAUCGGGCCGGCUUGCGAGCACCUGUACCAGGAAAUCCUCCGGAUUCACAGGAAAACCACGACUAGCAUGAUGAGCGCAGAUAACAUGAAUAGCGGGAACGGGGGCACGGUAGGAGCGGCACCAAUGCCAACGGCGUCACUGUUCCAGCAGCAGGCGGGGGAGCAGCAAAUCUCAAAUAUUCCCGGUCCACAUGCAACAGCACUUACCAGCAAGCUGAAAAUCCCUCGGCCCUUUCAACUUACGGUCGGAGGCGAUCACGCUGUCGCGGUAUCCACAAUUACCGCUAUGCAGCAGAUCUACCCCGACCUCUGUGUCAUUUGGGUGGACGCGCACGGGGACUGCAACACACCCAAGACCUCCCCCUCCGGGCACUACCACGGAAUGCCAGCGGCGCACGUCAUGGGCUGGUUCGACUCCCACCCAAAAGGGUUCGAAACCUGGAUGCCGGAGAACUGCAAGCCCGUGGUCAAUGCGCACAACUUCUGCUUCAUCGGCCUGCGCGACAUCGACCCCGGGGAGGCGGAGUUGAUGCGCAAUUCCGAUCUGCACUUCUUCACGAUGUAUGAAUCGCAAAAGUAUAAUCUUCCGAUUAAUACUGGUGGUACCAAAAACAAAUUAGCUCAGCAUUAAAAAUGCGACUUCGACGAAGGCGAACUUUGCCUUGAGACAAAUUUGUGGUGCAACAUGACAGCCAUUACUACGAGCGCGAUAAAAAUCACUUUUGCAAUGCAUACGAUGCGGGACGUGGACGAGUUGGGCAUCGCGAACGUGAUCAAGGAAGCGCUGCGGCGCAUCGACCCGAACGCCCGCCGGCCUAUUCAUUUGUCCUUCGACAUUGAUGGGUGCGACCCGAGCAUCGCGCCCGGCACCGGGACCUGUGCGCGCGGGGGGCUCACGUAUCGGGAGGCCCACUACAUUUGCGAGGAGCUGGCACUGACCCGGCGCCUCGUGUCCAUGGACUUGGUCGAAAUCAAUCCGGUCAUCGACACCCUGUCGGACUACUCCAAGAAACUGAAAAUGCACGGGGACCUGGACGUCCUGAUCGGCAAGCACGUGUCGCCGACCGUGCGGCUGGGAACGGAGUUGGUGCUCAGUGCCUUGGGACAGGCAACGAUGUAUCGGAAGUGAGGGCGAGGGUAGUUAGUAUCUUGGAUAUUCGUCUACUUAGGAGUUUACUGUGUAAAUAUAUAACAACUUUUUGAAGAAUUUUUUUACUUCUCUCACGACACCUAAACGUGAUUCUCGGACAGUAGUAGGAGCUCACCUGCACUGUUCCUCUUGUCAACCCUUUACUGGGUAACAUCAUCAUCGUCAUCAUCUAAUUGCUAGAUGCGUACUGCAGCUGCUCGUAUGUGGCCGGAUUCCGUUUACUUCUUCCAUCUGCAGGCUAAAUAAUCACGGAAUGUUGAUUACUGUGAGCAUGAUACGAUGCCUCGGCGCCUAGUAUCCCAUCUCAUCUACUUCGUGUAAUUAAACAUGUGGACGAUGCUCUCUUCUCAGUGUCAUACUUAUUGAAAAUAAGGGACCGGUGUUUCUAGCUCGAGCACAUCCACUUCCACGCCGUGGGGAACGGGACGCAGUGGCACAGCACCACCGUACGACCUAGUCUUUCGGGCAGAUUUUGCCAAUAUUGUAAUUUGUUCGCGUUCUUCUUUAAAACACCUGAUGAGGUAAGUAGUUAGAAGAAUCUUGCUUGUCGUGUCGCGCUCGACAACCAAGAGCAAGAACUUCAGAAUGAAGCGAAUCAUAGUAGCAACCGUUCUAAACUUCUCCUUCUAUGGCACGAUACAGGUCACCAGUGCCGCUUCUAUCUUGAAUCAUCACUUUUUGAAUUUUGACCCGGACAGAUUGAUACCGGGACUGACAACGCAAACGCAGAAAAACCCGGAUAAGACGGCUGUGAUCACGAAGUCAUGUGAAGGCUAGUAUCUCUACUGACGCGCCAUCACAAAGGUGCAUCUAGUUGCAGACGGCGGUCAGCAGACCGUGUGUCGUGGAAGAACGGAAGCAGAAACAAGAUGAAG